AAUUAUGACACUGACAAUUAAAAGUAAAAUGUCGGCACGUUGAUGUUAUUGUUUGCAUUGCUGAUAUAGGUCUGUAACGCUUUAGCUAAUAUCGAGACGAGUUAUAAAUAAAGAAUACAAAAUGUCAGCAUUACAGAAAACUAUUAUGAAAAAUAAACUGCCACCAAAGGUGCCAAGAACGUCGGGUUCGAAACUAGCGCCCUUCAGCGGGGGACGACGCAAAGAUUACACACCGGUUUCUUGGAGAAACUACUUCGAGAAAUUUCUUGACUUAGAGACUGAAGGAGGCAUCUUCAGGGUCUACCUGUCGCCAGAGCCCGACAUUCCUCAGCGCCCGAGGAUUGUGACGUUGCACGGAGGAGGCUACUCAGCUUUAAGCUGGGCAUUAUUUACAGAAGAAAUAACCAACAUGAUACACUGUCAAGUGGUCUCAUUGGAUUUGCGAGCUCACGGAGAGACUCAAGCUAAGGACCCAGAUGAUCUGAAUAUAGACACUUUAGUCAAAGAUGUGGAACAAGUCCUUCAUAAGUUGUAUGGACAGGAGAUGCCUCCAAUAAUUCUAUUGGGUCACUCAAUGGGUGGUGCUAUAGCUGUGCGUGCGGCCCAUGUACCAUCUCUUGAGCCUUUUGUGCAAGGAGUGGCAGUUAUUGAUGUGGUGGAGGGCACAGCAAUGGAAGCUCUCGCCAGCAUGCAAAGCUUCCUACGCAGUCGGCCAACACAUUUCAAAAGUAUAGAGCAUGCUAUAGAGUGGUGUGUGAGAAGUGGUCAAGUGCGAAAUGUUGCUUCGGCCAGAGUGUCCAUGCCCAGUCAAAUCAUUAAUUGCUCAACGGGCCAGCUGGCCACUAACGAGGUGGAGGACUACCAGAGCGAGCUCACUCCCACGGAGCCGCUCGCCCCCGCGCCGCGCGGUGACGUCAUCGCCGAGGAGGGCGAGGAGGGGGAGGCCGAGGGCGAGGGGGAGGGGGACGUCGCGCACUUCGUCAAGCCGCUCGACGAGGACAGGGGGAUGAAGUACGGCUGGCGGGUGCGGCUGGCGGAGUCGGAGCGCCACUGGGCGGGCUGGUUCCGCGGGCUGUCGGCCGUCUUCCUGGCCGCGCGGGCGCCGCGCCUGCUGCUGCUCGCCUCGCUCGACGGGCUCGACCGCGACCUCACCGUCGGCCAGAUGCAGGGGCGCUUCCAAAUGCAAGUGCUGACGCGCUGCGGACACGCCGUGCACGAGGACUCGCCCGCCGAGGUGGCGCGCGUGCUGGCGGCGUUCGCGCUGCGGCACCGCCUCUCCGAGAGCACGCACUGGGACGAGCACUUCCUGUAACCGACCCCCCCCCCCCCCCUCCUCGAACCGGGACUGAUGGAUGUGGCAACAUGCCGGACACGAACUCCUAGAGAAUGAGCAAAGUCGCGGCCGGCAGCUCCGCACGCUGUAACACGACCGCGGCCUCGGGUCUCGACCUCGGGCGCAGCUCGUCUCCCGCCGCCGCCGGCCCCGCCUGCGUGUGCAAUCUUCUCUAAUUAAUCAUUCGUACUAAUCACUUCAAAAUUGUUGAAUGCUCAUUUUUCCACUGAGAUCAGUCCACAUUUCCGAUCCCCGUAUCAAUUUUAUAAUCGACCCGCCAUCGUCCUGUCUACUUAAGUUCAUGGGAAUGUACUCGGGAUCGACUUCGGUCUCGCUGAACGUCGUCAUGUAAAUUUAAGCACCAUCACCAUCACACCAUCGAACUGAACUUAAGGAAGGACUACAUGACGCCUGAGGCGAGGAAACUUGGUUGUGUAGAUUUGAUUCCAUUUUAAUGUAAUUAUUUUCUUUGUUUACACCUAUAAUGUUAUAUCGAAUGUCGUAUUAUUAAUUAACGUAAUAAUUUGUUAAAUGUUAUAGACGGAGUGGAAUUUAUUCCAUUCCACUCUAAGGGGGGGCGGCCAGCCGUUACGUGAGCAAGCCUUCGGGCGGGGUUUUGUACUUUUACUUACAAGAUUUAGUUUACUUAUUUCGGAAGAAUUGUUUUUUACUAUGUUUCCUAAUUGUCUUGUAACGAUAUGAUUUUGGAGGUGAAAACGAUUUUCUUAAUUUCCUUUAAGCGAUGGUGGCGGUCGGAGGUGGUAGAACCCAACAACAUUGCUUACGUAAAACCCGAGUACGCCUCCUCCGCUCUUCGCUCGUAAGUUCGUAUUGUGUAGAAUAGGAAACGUUCGUGUGUAUAUUUAGAUCACUUCACUAUUUAAAUUCAUUAUUCAAGGAGACGGACGACACUGGAAGUGUGUGUGAAGUAGUUAAUCGAAAGUUCAAAGAAAUCAUAUUCCGCCGCGCGUCCGGAGUUGUGUCGUAUCAUACGAGGGCUUACGUGGGACUCAAAUCAUUUAGCAAAAAGUUAUAUAAACUAUUUAUCACCGUUCUAAGGUUAAAAUUAAAAAUGGAAUUAGACACACUCACGCACGCACGUGCGUGCGUGCGUGCGUGCGUGGUUGUACGAUUUCAAAAGUAAAAGCUAUCAUAUUUAAAUUCGACGAUUUUCAAUAUUUUUUAUAUCUUCAUGUCGAAAUUUUAUAAACUUAAAAACAAAUUUAAUGUUUUAUGAAAGAUUUUAUAUACAUUAUAAAUGAAGUGUCGACUUCUAAAUUAAGUGUCGUGUUCAAAGGCGGCGGUGCGCCGGGUCGACACCUUCUAGUGUCGGUGUCCUGCCGGCUUGUCUGUAGCCGCGCUUUCAUCGGUGUAUCGUGAUUGCAUUGCUAGCGAUUGCGCAAAUUUUCUCGUACACGACGCGACUAAACCAUUUGCUGUCAUAUUUAAUCGCACACAAGGCAGAGACAGCUCCCUCACCAAUCAUCUAGAUAGGUAAUCCGUGUACAGUAUAAUCGGCUCGACUCGCCCUUGUAAUCUUGUAAAGAUAAUUCGCAGUCGGGUCUCGCGUUACGACCGAUACAACGAUUAGCACUCCGCCGUAGAUCUUAAACACUCCAUAGCUAUAAACGAUUGCAGCGUUCUCUGUGAUUAGAAAAACACGUUCUGUUUUACGUUUUCCGUCCACUUUGUUUAAUAAUUACACUUACACGUAAAAAUAAUUGUUUUAAGCGGAAAUAAUAAGGUACUUUUAAGUUUAUUUUUGUAAAUUCAACAAUUAGUUUAAAAUGUUUCUUGCGAAUAUUAUAAAUAGAUUGAGUAGAAUGUACAUGUACAUGCGUUCCCUGUGUCGAGCGUCACAUGUCGUGGGUGACGUCACUCGCGAGGAGCAGCGCUGACUGCCGAUGUAUCUCUGUAGUCGUUAGAGUCGAUUGUAUCCUUCAAAUGUUGUUACUAUAAUGUAUGAAAUGUUUGUUUGUUUAUUAAGAUCUUAUCAAUAAAAAUCUAUGAAGAA